ACUUUUUAUUCCAACCUGAGCCUUUUAAGAGCGUCAUCUUCAUGAAACUGGCUGUCAAAGUACUGUGAGCAAAAUGGUAAGUAGGCAGGUGUGCAAGAUGAAGUAAUUGGUGAAAGAGGCUGUUUUUCUUGCUUGUAAAUAGGUGUAAGUAACAUGGCAUUUCGUCACCUAAUUGAGUUCACCUAUACAGCAAAACUAAUGGUCCAAGGUGAGGAAGAAGCAAAUGACGUUUGGAAAGCAGCUGAGUAUCUACAGAUGUUAGAAGCAAUGAAAGCACUUGAAAUCAGGAACAAAGAAAUUUCAUCACCCUUAGAAUCAAAUCAAACACAAGGUAAAAAUAAACCAAAGAAGAGGAAGAUAGCUGAAACCUCUAAUGUUAUCACAGAAACACUGCCAUCUGCAGAAUCAGAGCCUGUUGAAAUUGAGGUUGAGAUUGCUGAAGGGAUGAUUGAAGUGGAAGAUGACAGCAUCGAAACACUUGAAGUAGCUUCUGCAGAGCAAUCCAUAAAGUACAUACAGACAACAGGUACAUCAGAUGAAUCUGCUUUGGCUCUUUUAGCAGAUAUCACCAGCAAGUAUCGUCAGGGAGAGGGAAAAUGCCAGAUCCAGGAAGAAGAUGAUAGUGCAUCUGAUACCUUGUGCAAACAGGAACACAUGAAAACACACUCUACUGAGAGGUACAAGUGUGACAUAUGCAAUAAAAGGUACCUACGAGAGACUGCUUUGAAACAGCACCUCACCUGUUACCACCUUGAUGAAGGUGGUGCCAGCAAGAAGCAAAGACCUGGCAAAAAACUACAUAUAUGCCAGUACUGUGAUAAGCAGUUUGACCAUGUUGGACAUUUUAAAGAGCACCUUCGGAAGCACACAGGUGAAAAACCAUUUGAAUGUCCAAACUGCCAUGAACGUUUUGCUAGGAAUAGCACGCUCAAAUGUCACCUCACAGCCUGUCAGUCUGGAGCUGGAGCUAAAAAGGGAAGAAAGAAGCUGUAUGAAUGUCAGGUUUGUAACAGUGUGUUUAACAGCUGGGAUCAAUUCAAAGAUCACUUGGUAAUACAUACUGGUGACAAACCCAACCACUGUACCUUAUGUGAUUUGUGGUUUAUGCAAGGCAGUGAGCUGAGAAGGCAUCUCAAAGACAUGCACAAUAUUUCAGAACAAAUAGUGACAGAAGAGGUUUUUCCAGUGGAAGCUGUAGAAGCUGAACCAGUAACAUCAAUGACUAUAAUAGAACAAGUGGAGCAAGUCCAUGUCCUACCAGUAAUUCAGGUGCAAGUGGAUCCUGCACAGGUAACUGUGGAACAGAUGCACCAGGAUGUCAUACAGGACAAUCAAAUAAAAGGCACACAGGUGGAUGAACUGCAAGAACAGGUGCAAAUUAGUUACUUAGAAGUUGAACAUAUUCAGACUGAACAAGGUGCUGAAGUUCAUGUAGAGCAGUUACAUGUUGAGCAUGUAAAUCAAAUACAGGUGGAAGAUGUACAGGCAGAACUUAUAAGUGGAACAGACCUGGAACAAGUAGAAUAUGGAAGUGUUGAUCAAGGAGAAGCAGAAGAAAAGGAAACUAGUCAAGUAGAUGAUGUAGAUAAGGAAGAUCAUGAACAAGCUGAAGACUUAAAAACUCGACAAUUAGCGGACACACAGAAUGAAAAGGUGAAUUACUAGGACAACCACACUGUGCAGGUUUAGGAAUGAAAUGCCCAAUUAUUUUUGUUAGCUUUUACAUUGAUUUUUGAACUGUCAGUGGUCACAUUUCCAAUAUGCUGUCCUUUGGAAGCUGGACAAGUGGACCAAAGUUAUCUUUCUUUAUGUACAACUAAACUUCUCUUGCAUGUGAAAAAUAACUUACCCAUUCAUGUUAUACCAUGGAACAAAAACUACCAGAGACACGGACAGCUUUGUGAGGAUUUUAAUAAUGAAUAGCUUGUAUCACUGUUACAUCAUCUCUAGGUAUGGUUGGACUCAAAUAACUGUGGUCAGCAGCUUGAUGUCCAAGUGGAGAUCAGUGACGAGUGGCAUUCCUCAGGGGUUGGUAUUGUGACCAGAGCUGUUCAACAUCUUUGUCGGCAACAUGUGGGGAAAAAGCAUUGUUGCUGGAGGUCUCAGAGCACAAAAAUCCUGUG